UUGUCUCCAUGCAACGUUAAAGCGCUCUCUCUCCGUGUCUGAAAUUUUUCUCUCUCUACAGGCUCAAAGAAUGCAUAUCACUGCAUUGGCUCUCUCUCCUUCAGCUCCGUUUCUGAAACCAAAAAAUCUUCUCAAUCGAAACCCUAACCCUAGCCCUGGAGUCGUUCCAGUUCAACUCCACCUCUUAACUUCUACCAAUGGUCUCUCAUGUCACAGAAGUUCAUCUCUCUUCUCUUCUCUCUCCUCUGUUUUGUUCCCAUAUCCAAACCCCAGAUUCAGUGGCUUCAAGUUCAGAGCCUCUUCGGUUCCCGAGAAUGCUGAAGAGACCGAGAAAUCGAGCAAUUUGGGUGGUAUUUUGCAGCUCGGGUCUAUGUUCGCGAUCUGGUAUCUGUUGAACAUUUACUUCAACAUCUUCAACAAGCAGAUCCUGAAGGUCUAUCCAUUCCCAGCAACAGUUACGGCAUUUCAGUUUGGAUGUGGGACUGUGCUGGUUAUUUUGAUGUGGGCAUUCAACCUAUACAAAAGACCAAAAAUCAGUAAAUCACAGUUUUCAGGAAUCCUAAUCCUGGCUGUGACACACACCAUGGGUAACCUUUUGACCAACUUAAGCCUCAGAAAAGUUGCUGUUUCAUUCACUCACACAAUCAAAGCUAUGGAGCCCUUUUUUACAGUUGUUCUUGCUACCCUCUUUCUUGGGGAGAAACCCACUCUCCCGAUUGUUUCUUCCCUUGUUCCAAUUGUAGGUGGAGUGGCACUGGCCUCAUUCACAGAAUCCUCUUUUAACUGGACUGGUUUCUGGAGUGCAAUGGCUUCCAAUUUGACAAAUCAAUCACGUAAUGUGUUCAGCAAAAAAUUCAUGGUCAACAAAGAGGAAGCUUUGGAUACCAUCAACCUCUUCUCAGUAAUAACAGUCAUUUCUUUCCUCCUGUGUACCCCUGUGGCUAUUUUCAUUGAAGGCAUCAAGUUUACUCCGUCAUACCUGCAAUUUGCAGCAAGUCAAGGUUUGAAUGUUAGAGAGCUAUGUGUGAGAUCUCUUUUGGCUGGGAUCUGCUUCCAUUCUUAUCAGCAGGUUUCUUAUACGAUACUACAGAUGGUAUCUCCUGUGACACAUGCAGUUGGAAAUUGUGUGAAGCGAGUAGUGGUGAUCAUCUCUUCAGUCAUCUUCUUCCAAACACCUGCUUCACCCAUUAACUCCCUUGGAACUGGAGUGGCUCUUGUUGGGGUCUUCUUGUAUUCAAGAGCAAAGCGGAUGAAGCCAAAGCCGAAGGCUGCAUGAUUUAUUGAUGCUGUGGAGAAAAUAUGUUUGUAAAUUUACUCUCCAAAAAAGAAAUUUCCAAUUAAUUUGAUUGCAAAUGUAAAAAUUAGCUUGAGUAGAGCCCAGAUCUCUUGAAGGUUUUCAUCAGAGAGCCUCCUUUGACAGAAAGAGAGGAAGCCAGGUUCGCCCAUAAUCACCUUCUUUGCACAGUCAAACCAAAUGUCCUGCUUCUUUAAGGCAGUUUAAGGACCUCUACUUCAUCUCUAUCCAUCCUAUCUUCUUUA